AUGAAGCCCGAGCUUGGCCACCGAAACCACCAUGAGAAUGAGGAACCAGAGCUCGGCCGCCACGAGAAUGGGGAGCCCGAGCUCGGCCACCAAGAGAAUGAGGAGCCCGAGCUCGGCCACCACAACUACGAGGAGCCGAGCUCGGCCACCGAGAGUACGAGCUCGUCCAACAUGAGAAUGAGGAACCCGAGCUCGACCACCGAGAGCACGAGCUCGGCCGCCAUGAGAAGGAGGAGCUCGAGCUCGGCCACAAUUGGACCUUGCACGGGUCCUCCAGACCAUGAGGAGUCCGUCGGACCUUGCGGGAUUCCUUCACAUCUUGACUUUGGCUACGAAGAGCUCGAGCUCGACCACCAAGAGAAUGAGGAGCCCGAGCUCGAUCGCCACAACUACGAAGAGCCCAAGCUCAGCCACCAAGAGAAUGAGGAGCCCGAGUUCGGCCGCCAAAACUACGAGGAGCCCGAGCUCGGCCACCGAGAGCACGAGCCCGGCCAACAAGAGAAUGAGGAGCCCGAGCUCGGCCGCCACGAUUACGAAGAGCCCGAGCUCGGCCACCGAGAGCACAAGGUCGGCCAACAUGAGAAUAAUGAGCCCGAGCUCGGUUGCCAUGACUAUGAAGACCCCAAGCUCGGCCACCAAGAGACCAAGGACUUUGCAAGGGUGCUUCAGACCUUGCAAGGGUCCGUCAAACUUGGCGACGGUCCUCCAGACCUUGCAAGGGUGCUUCAGACCAUGCAAGGAUCCGUCAAACCUUGCAAGGGUCCUUCAGACUUAGCAAGUGUCCACUAG